AUGGAUGGGAUAUCAAGCGAACUGUGGCAGGUGCGUAUUGAUUUUUCUACACUCAAUGCGUCCUCUGACGAAAACGGUGUUGCACGUCUUCAGCUUGAUUCAUUUGACGAAUUCAUUCAAAUGAAUGUGCAAGGGAUUGUGGAAGACGCACGAGAGAUUGAAAACUCGACGGAAUUCUCGGUGAAGUUUCAGCAGGUUUCUUCCUCGAAAUCAAGGCAUUGGGAGAAAGGUGGAACACCAGCACCAAUUGUGCCUAAUGGUGAUACGCGAGGCUUCUAG